GGCAAAAUGAGGCAUCUGCCGCUCGACGCCGACUACCUCAAUGUGACGUAAAGCCCGGCGCAUCCCAUAGGAAGACCCCUCCCGGCUAAUUCAUAGGACAUGCGUUGAUCAUCCAACGGGACUUCUUUUAUCACCAGGACCUAAUCGCCGAAUAUUUAACAUCAAACCCCAUGGGGAAAAUUGGUGAUAACUCGUUCACGAAAUGAGCAAAGCCAUGGCUAUCUCUACAGCUCUGUCGCCGGCGGAAAGUCAGGGGAGAAAACUACACUUUGUGAUAGUCGGAGGGUCACUCGGCGGCCUCGCAGCAGGCCUCGCGCUAAAAGCACUCGGCCAUGACACCACGAUACUAGAGCGCAACCCGGCGCCCCUACUCCAAGAUCAAGGUGCCGGCAUCGUCGCGGGAGGCGACACGCUCGAGCUCUUCAAGCGGUACAACCGCUGCGACCGCCCCAUCGCCGUCAGCUCGGCGCGCAGGCAGUAUCUCGACAAGGCGGGCAACAUCGUGCACCGCGAGGAAAUGGUGCAAAACAUGACGUCCUGGGACCUGACGUACUACCUGAUGCGCGCCAACUACGACGGCAUCGCGAGCCCGUACUGCGAAGUCCCGGCCCCGGUCCCCGGGCACGGCAAAGCGACGCACCUGCACGACCGCCAAGUCACCGGCUUCGACGAGGAAGGCGACGGCAUCCGCGUGCGCUGGAAGACGAGCGCGGGCGAGGAGGGCAGCACGUAUGGGGACGUGCUCGUCGGCGCCGAUGGGCCCAGCUCCACGGUGCGCAGGAUCCUCGAGCCGUCCGUCGAGCGCAAGUACGCGGGCUACUGCGCGUUGCGCGGGACGCUGAUCGAGAGCGAGGCCAGCGCCGCGGCGCGCGACGCCUUCACUAACCGCUUCACCUUCUUCCACGCGCCCGGCGUCCAGAUCCUGGCGUACCUGAUCCCCGGCAAGGACGGCACGGUCAAGCCGGGCGAGCGCCUCAUCAACUUCGUGUACUAUACCAACUUCGCGCCCGGGUCUCCCGAGCUCGAGGAGAUCAUGACGGAUAGGGAUGGGCGCAGGCGGCAGAUCACGGUUCCUCCGGGGGUGAUCAACGAGGCGGCGUGGGAGAAGCAGCGGGUUCUCGCGCGCGAGCGGCUGCCGCCGCAGUUCGCGGAGAUCGUGUGCGGGACGAAGAGGCCGUUCGUGCAGGCUGUGACCGACGUGCUGACCCCGAAUAACGAGUACCUUGGAGGCAAGGUCGUGCUUAUCGGCGACGCACUGGCUGGGUUCCGCCCACAUACCGUGGCUUCGACUUCGCAGGCCGCUUUCGAUGCGAUGCUUUAUGCGGAUUAUAUCGCCGGUCGCGUGUCGAGGGAGGAGUGGAAGAGACAGACGGUGGGCUUUGCGAGGUAUAUACAUAAGAGGGGCGUGGAUAUGGGCGUGAGGAGCCAGCAUCAGGAUCUUCCGCUGCGGGAGCAUAUCGAGGAUCGCAAUAGAGCGUCGGUACCAAGGGAGCAGGAGGUUUAUCCCGAGUGGGCGACUGUCAUAUAAACGACUUUUUUCCUUACUUACCUACUCUUUAGACUGGCAUUUUGAGAAUAUAGAUAUGUAUUACGCAUUGGUUCUAGAGAUUUUGAAAUGAGUCAUAGCAUGCUACUCAGUUAGGUUCAGA